UCACUCAAUCGUUGUAAAGCCUUCGACAACGGCGCACGUCACGUUUCCAAUGAUAAAUUCGAAGUUCAAAAUAACUUUUAAUCGUAAAACCGUAGUUGUAUCUGCCUGUUUUAUUGACAUUUGCAAUUGUGAUUGAGAAAUUGAGUAAAUAAUUUUCUUUUCGACCAGUGUGAAUAGUGAAAAGAGGUAUAAGUUACAACAUUCCACAACAUUGAGUGUAUUGUGAGAAAUAUAGUGUUUCUUGUGACAAAUAUAUUUGGUUUACGUUUGCUCAAAGAGUUUAGAAUACACAGCACGUUGGAUACAGGUGCGCUGGAGAGACAACCUUGCCUGACCGGUUUUUUAGCACAAAAAAGAUGUUGCCGCGGAAAAGAAGUAAUUUGGUGCUGAUAGCUGUAUUAUUGCUAAUACACUCUUCUGAACAACACGGCUCUGGAGCUCCUUCUGGGGCAUGCAUAGACCAGCUACCACGCCACUCGACCAUCCAGCCCCAAUCAUCGGUGCCCCCGUACAUCAUUCUAACAUCAUCAUCGCAAGUUAGACAGGGCGACGUUCUAAACGUCACGAUCGGGAGCCCGGCCGGCGCGCCUAUCCCGAUUGGAGGCUUCAUAUUACAGGCUAGGGAGAUACAGAACCCAGAUGCAAUAGUAGGCCGGUUCCUGAAAGUGCCUGACCCUGAGGCGACACAUUUGACCAGCUGUAGAGGAACGAAUGAUACAGUCACCCACUCCUCGCCCGAGGACAAACCAGCCAUGACCUUCCAGUGGCAGGCGCCCACUGACUUCUUGGGUGGAGUCGAGUUUAGAGCCACCGUAGCCCAAACAUACGCUAUGUUUUGGAAGAACGUGGAGUCCCCUCUAGUGGAAGUGGUCACUCCUGACACCAUCAUCACGACGUCUCCUCCAAUUCCCACCACCACGGGGGGCACUCAGGCACCACCGGUUAUCAUGGAGUCUAAGCCAAAUACCGCGCCGAGGAAACUCGACAUCAUCUAUCAAGGGUGCGACGACAACAAACUAUGUUUUGGUGUUCCCGACAAUUGCAUACCGAAAGGCAACUGCGACGCGAUAGUUGCCGUGUUUGUGGCCGGCGACGUCUACACAUUCGAACUUCAAGCUACCAAGAAUCCGAAAUACGUGUCUGCCGGCCUGAGUAUGGACAGCAAAAUGGGUGACGACAGCGCUGUAGAAUGCGUCAGAAACGAUAAUGGGAGAGUCUCCAUAUUCACUUCCUGGACUUAUCCUAAAGAAGAACCUUACGUGAGGAGAUCGGAUUCGCCUCAGGACAUUGUGCAAUUGCUGGAAUCAUCUGUCAUUGAUGGCAAAUUGUAUUGUAAAUAUAGAAGAGAUACAGUGUCAGUUGUGAAGGGACAGACUUUUGAUUUGGCGAAUAAUAAAUACAAUCUUAUGGUCGUAGCUGGGGAUAGUAUGAAAGACGCAGAUCGCGUAGGGUUCCACAGCUUAGCCUACCAGUCGACGGGAGAACCGCUGGCGCUGGCCACCGUGGGCACGGCCGCCGGCAGCUCCCGGCUGCUGCUGAAACUUCACGGCUCCUUCAUGCUAGCGGCCUGGCUCGGCACAGCUUCCCUGGGGAUCUUGCUCGCUAGAUACUUCAGACAAGUGUGGGUGGGCAAGCAACUGGGCGGCAAGGACAUUUGGUUUGCGUACCACAGAAUCCUGAUGGUGCUGACGUGGCUGCUGACCGUCUGCGGCUUCAUCCUCAUCCUGGUGGAGGUGGGGGGCUGGUCCUCCACCGGAGACAACCCUCACGCGAUCACCGGCAUCGUCACCGUUGUACUCUGCUUCAUUCAGCCCAUUGGUGCAUACUUCAGGCCGCACCCCGGAACUAAGAAGAGGCCAGUCUUCAACUGGCUUCACUGGCUCGUGGGGAAUGCUGCUCAUAUCUUAGGAAUUGCAACAAUUUUCCUGGCGGUGUACCUCCAGAAAGCUGAGUUGCCGCCCUGGAGCGUCUACAUCUUGGCUGCUUUCGUGGUCUUCCAUGUCAUAAUGCAUGUGGUUCUCUCUUUAACGGUGUGCGUAGCGGAUGGUCGCAUCAGCAAUGGCCGCGUGAAUGCUUUCCCGAUGAAAGACAUGCUGGGCCAGACGAGGCAGACGACGCAAAUCGACAAUACCGACUCUUCGUACUCCAGCUUCCGAAAACUCCUGUUAGGAAUAUACGCGCCAAUUAUAGUGCUGUUCGCAAUCGCCAUGAUUUGCCUAGUGGCGUUGGCGCCCAUUGUGGAUACCUACAACACUAUUAUGGGAGCUUAGACUGUAAUCAAAGAACGAGAAUCCCACUAGAUUACUUAGUCUGGCUGUAAAAGUAUUGCUACUCAGUCAUACAUAUAUAAGGUGCAUACAAAUAGAUACUAAAAAUGUAAAAGUCCACCUGUCUUGAAAGAACAGAGACAGACUUUCCGACUACCUGCAUUAAAAAUUUCGUCGUAAAUUCCUGUCCUAGUUCAAGACAUAGGCUACAUUUUUCACACUCCGGUAACAACGACAAAAGUCAUAAGUAUAUUGUAGAUGGCUAUAGACAAUUGUCAGAGGAAUCAAAUUCUUGAUUGUUUUCAACAGAUAGUCUGUAAUUUCAAAUAAUUACUAAAUCAUUUAUAUUUUAUCAAAUUUAUUGACACCAACCUUUCUACUUGCUUACCUCCUCAUUACAUGUGCUUUUUAUUCUCAUUUCCUUUUACCAUCCAUCAAGGAUCUUAUUUGCUAAGAAUGAGUUACUGGGUAAAUAAAAAAAAACCUAUGGGAUAAAAUCACUCUCCAGAUAAGAUAAACCUCUGCCUUCAGUUCAAGUAGGCAAUCGAGUUUUUACGUAAUAUGGUAUUCGUUUUUAAAAUGACGUCAAACAUCUUUGUAAAUACAAGAAAAAAAAGAUCUGCCUAGGGGUACCUAUAUUAGUCGUAAGUUUAACCAAAUUGACAUUUUGAAAAACAUCACAUAUAUUUAGCCUUUAGUUUUAAAGUUUAAGCAAUAGCAAUAUAUUUAAUUGUUGUGAACUAGUUAAGUCUCAUUAAUUAACCAUAAUUAUUUCAGCCAUUAAUUUAUUUGUAAUUUCUCUGUCAAAAAAUCUAUCUUCUAUUUCAUAUAAAGACAAUUAUUUACCUGUUUAUAUUAUUAAUUUGUAACAAGUCAGUAUUCUAAAUUAGUCACUCUGUUUUUAACAAUAAAACCAAUUAGGUACCAAACAAUAUUCUAAAUAGUUGAGCAUGAAUAAAUAAAACCUUUUAAUUAUUGAACAUUAAUAAAUUUGUAGACAUU